CUUUGGAAGAGAGAGAAGACAGUAGAGACUUAACACAAAUGGAGUCCAUAAUACUGAAAGUUGCAUUCUCGCCACCUCCUUCUCUAUUCCUAAACGCAUUGUCGCUCAUCAACUUGCCGUCGUUUGCCCUCAAUGGUUUCUCGGAGUCGAGGGGACAGAAUUUACAGUAUUCAAAGUUUUGGCAUGUUGGCAACAACAACAACAACAAUGGUGAUAAUAAUAGUAGUAAUGGUUAUAAUUCUGAGAAAUAUUCGAAAAAAUUAGGGCAAAGAAAGGUAGGUAGUAGAAGGGGCAUGCUGAUUUGCUAUACUCCUGCAUUUCUUGCGAGCGCGGCGUUGUUCUUCGUCUUUCCUCAUGAGAAUAAUCUCAGACUUCUGCUGCUCAAUUCAGCCCUUGCCCUUCACUUUUUCAAGAGGAUUUUUGAGGUUCUAUAUGUUCACAAAUACAGUGGCAAUAUGGUUCUCAAAACUGCAAUUAUCAUCUCUCUGAGUUACUUAACGUCCACAACAACCAUGAUAUAUGCUCAACACCUUUCACAAGGGCUUGCAGAGCCUCAAAUUGACCUGAAAUACAUUGGACUUUUCAUGUUUCUGAUAGGGAUAACUGGGAAUUUCUACCACCAUUAUCUUCUUUCCCAACUGAGAAAAAAAGGUGACGAAAAGUAUAAGAUUCCAAAGUGGGGUCUCUUCGGCCAAGUCAUAUGCCCGCAUUACCUUUUCGAGAUCAUAGAAUUUGUGGGCUUCUCUUUUAUUUCUCAAACGCUGCAUUCAUUUUCUGUAGCUUUAGGCACAAUGUUCUACUUAGUGGGAAGGAGUUUUGCUACUAGGCAAUGGUACCUUUCAAAGUUUGAGGAUUUUCCAAAGAAUGUAAAGGCUCUCAUUCCAUAUAUUUUCUAGAUGUAGAAAAAAGAGGGCCAAAAAUUGAUGUCACAAGA